AUGUCCAUGCCCCGGGCUGGCAGCGGGCAGAGCGAGUCCCAGGCCGUGGUGGGACGUGUUGGGGAGAGCACGGUGCUGGGCUGCGACCUCCUGGACGCCCACGAGGCCCGUCCACCUCUCUAUGUGAUCGAGUGGGUCCGCUUCGGCUUCGUCCUCCCCAUCUUCAUCAAGUUUGGGCUCUACUCACCACGGGUGGACCCGGAGUACAUUGGUCGCGUGCGGAUCGAGGAAGGCGCCUCGCUGCGCAUCGACCUCCUGCGCGCUGAGGACCAAGGCUGGUACGAGUGCCGCGUGCUGUUCCUCGACCGGCACAGCGCUGAUGCUGACUUCCAGAACGGCACCUGGAUCCACCUCACCGUAAACGCACCCCCCACCUUCCUGGAGACCCCCCCUGCAUUUGUGGAGGUGCAGGACCAGGACACGCUGAGCCUUACCUGCACAGCCGUCGGCAACCCCCAGCCUGUUGUCAUCUGGAAGAGGAGCAACCUGGCUGUCCAGAGUGGGGACGCAGUGCAGGUGAGGAAUGGGACACUGAGCAUCGCCGCUGUGGAGCGUGCCAGCGCAGGCACCUACACCUGCCAUGCUUCCAGCAAGGAGGGCACCAUUACCCACACCACCCGUGUGCUCGUGCAGGGGCCACCUGUCAUCGUGGUGCCACCCCAGAACGUCACUGUCAACGUUUCCCAAGAUGCCUUUCUGGCAUGCCAGGCUGAGGCGUACCCGGGAAACCUCACCUACACCUGGUUCCAGGGCAGCAGCAAUGUCUUCCACCUCAGCCACCUCCAGACUCGGGUCCGCAUCCUGGUGGACGGGAGUCUCUUACUCCAGCGAACGACCCCCGACGAUGCCGGCAAAUACACCUGCAUCCCCAGCAACGGGCUGUGGAAGCCACCUUCUGCCUCAGCCUUCAUCACAGUGCUGUAUCCAGCAGAGGUGACCACCAUGCUCCCAGAGACCCACCUGCCCAAGGGGAUGCAGGGUGUGAUCCGCUGCCCCACCAGGGCCAACCCCCCUCUGCUCUCCGUCAGCUGGAUGAGGGACGGGCGCCCGCUGCAGCUGGACAAGCUCCCUGGCUGGUCCGUGAGACCAGAUGGCUCCAUCAUCAUUGCGAUGGGAAACGACGAUGUGCUGGGAGCAUACACGUGUACCCCGUACAACAGCUACGGCACCGCUGGCGAGUCCCGGCCCACACAUGUCCUGUUGAAGGAUCCCCCUGCCUUCACAGUGCGCCCCAAGGAGGAAUACUUCCAGGAGGUGGGCCGGGAGCUGGUGAUCCCCUGUGCCGCCCACGGGGAUCCUCCCCCAACUGUGACCUGGCUGAAGGUGGGCAGUGCAGGGAAGAGCAGCGCCCGGGUGGAUGGGAACGGCAGCCCCGCCUUCCGCCCGCCGCGAGGGGGACUCGUCAAGGAGCAGCACGGGGUCUGGGAGUGCACGGCCACCAACCAGGUGGCCAGCGUGAGCACCACCACCUCUGUCCAUGUACUGGGUACCAGUCCUCACGCUGUCACCAACGUCUCUGUGCUCCCGCUCCUGCUGGCAGCCAACAUCUCCUGGGAGCCAGGGUUUGACGGGGGUUAUUUCCAGAGGUUCAGCGUCUGGUACACACCGCUGGUGAAGCAUCUGCCCCGGCCCCAUCAUGGGUGGGUGUCACUCUCGGUGCCAGUGGGGGCUCAGCACCUGUUGGUGAAGAAUCUGCAGCCAGACAUGAGCUACCAGUUCAGCGUCCUGGCCCAGAACAAGCUGGGCAGUGGCCCCUUCAGCCAGAUUGUCACCUCCGUGCCCAGGGGCUUCCCAAUGACCACAGUGCCUCCAGAGCCGCCGGCCAUGACCAUGCGCAUCUUCCUGUCCCCGCCACAGGCUCUGACUGCCAACGAGACUGACGCCUUCUACGAGUUCCGACUGGUGGCCUUUGCUGGCAGCUACAUCAGCGAUCCCAGCAAUACGGUGAACGUCUCCACAGCAGGCAUGGAGGUGUAUCCAUCUCGCACCCAGCUGCCGGAGCUCCUGCCGCAGCCGCCGGUGCUGGCUGGGAUCAUUGGGGGGAUCUGCUUCCUCAGCGUUGCUGUCAUCUUCAGCACCAUGGCCGCCUGCAUCAUGAACCGCCGGCGUGCUGCCCGCAUCCAGAAACGAAGGCAAGAUCCACCACUCGUCCUCUCCCCCAGCAAGAAGCUUCCACCUCCACACAAUUCUUGUGGCUCUGAUAGCCCAGACAGUACCGUGAAGCCGAAGCUGCAGCCGUCCCCCUACCAGAGCCUGCACCGGACGCUGCUGUGGGGUGAGAAGGCCAGCACCAGCCUGGGUCUCAGCAUCGCCGGGGCUGGCUCCGGGUACGCCGUGUAUGAGAGCCAUGUCGGGGAGCACGUGCCCCUGGAGCGGAUCUGCCGCGGCCCUGACGGGCGUUUCGUGGUGGAAACUGACACACGGAUGCAGGAGAGCGGCUUUGGGGCACUGCCCUAUGCCAAGCAGGAGCCCAGGACUGAGGCUGUGCCCUUAGCCAGCACCGCAGAGCCCCGCUGGGCACCGGGCAGGCCACUGCAUCCUGCCCCCCCGGAAAAGCUACCACGGGGCAGUUUUACCAGCCAGAGCAGCGGCCGGGGCAGUGCCUCCUUCCUGCGACCCCCCUCGAUGGCACCGUCCCUGGGGGGCAACUGCCUGGGCACCCCACUUGGGGAUGGGGGCAGCUGGCACAGAGGAGGCUUGGCAGUAGAGGAGAGCAGGGCGAGGACGGAUCCGACCCUUGGCGUCACCGGAAAGAGGAGGAACACCUCGGUGGAUGAGAACUACGAGUGGGAUGCAGAGUUCGCCCUGGAGUCGGACAUCCUCGAAGCGCUGCAGCUCUACCGCAGCGGGGACCCAGCACGGCCCAUCUCCGCCAUCGCCCUGUGCGAUCUGGAGCGUCAGA